UUGAGUUGCUGACUCAUCCCUGGAUCAGGAGCGACGUAGACGAGCUACCGACCAAUCCCCAUGGAGCUGCUGCUGUAAUCCACACGACAGAGUCAGAGAUCUGGGGACUAAGUCCCAAGAACAUCCCUCCCUCCCCUCCCAGCCAGGAGAAAUCCAAGGCUGUUCUUAGCGCUUUGCUGAAUUGCAUUUCUUCGAAUUCAUUUCAUCGCGCUGCACCGAUUGCUGUUCUUCUAUGGAUUUGACACUGAAAAAGGGGGACAGCGUGAUUCACUCGAGUUGAGAUUUCUCAGGACUGAAAACAUUGGAAAGUGUAACUAAGCAGUAAGAAGAUCUGAAUAUGAGUGGAAGACGUGAUGAUUCAGCUAAGAUGGCAAAACUGAAGGAGCUAUUGCACAGAAGUGAAAACCGUAUCUGUGCUGACUGCAGCGCGCCUGACCCCAAAUGGGCAUCAGCUAAUAUAGGAGUAUUCAUAUGCCUCAAGUGUUCCGGUGUUCACAGAAGUCUUGGCACACACAUUUCAAAGGUUCUGUCAGUCACACUAGAUCAGUGGAGUGACAAUGAAAUUGAUAACGUGAUCGAAGUCGGUGGAAAUUCUCACGCCAAUGCUAUAUAUGAAACCUUCCUGCCGCAGAACCACAGCAAGCCACAUCCAGAUUCUACCCAGGAAGAGCGAGAAAAAUUCAUCAGGUCAAAAUAUGAGUUACAAGAGUUUCUUGAGCCAAGCCUACGGAUUGUUUCUCAUCAGUCUAGCGACUCCGGGAAACAUGCAGGCAGUGCCUCCCAUUCUGUCAGUUCCAAGAGCGAAGUAGGCAUGAUUGAGUUCAUCGGAAUAUUGAAUGUCAAGGUGAAAGGAGGCACCAACCUAGCCAUCAGAGACAUGUCAAGCAGUGAUCCUUAUGUAGUCCUGACCCUUGGGCAACAGAAAGCGCAAACCUCGGUGAUCAAAGCCAACCUGAACCCUGUCUGGAACGAAGAACUCAAGCUCUCUGUUCCUCAGCAAUACGGCCCUCUCAAACUGCAAGUGUUCGACCACGACAUGCUGUCCAAGGACGACCUGAUGGGGGAGGCCGAGAUCGACCUGCAGCCGAUGAUCAACGCGGCGGCGGCGUUCGGCGACCCGGGGCUGCUCGGCGACCGGCAGAUCGGCCGGUGGCUCAAGUCCGGCGACAACGCGCUCGUCAGGGACAGCGCCGUCGUGGUCGCCGGCGGCGAGGUGAGGCAGGAGCUGGCCCUCAAGCUGCAGUUCACCGAGUCCGGCGAGGUGGAGCUGGAGAUGCAGUGGUUUCCACUCAACAUGUAGAACAAAUCACGCUGUCACUUCGGAUUUCAAGCUGGAGAAUUUUAGAAAAAGAAAAGAUGGGUUUUGAUAAUGAAGUUCAUUGCAUGAACUGUUUCAGCAAGUUUUUGCGUUGUUUACAUGGCAAAUUUUGCUGCGUUCAGAAAUUUUAAAUUUUUGGUUUGGCACGAGCCAUUGCCCUGUUAACUUGGUUCAUUUGUGAUUCCAAUAAAAAGGAUUCUUUUGUGCUCUGGGUUAAA